AUGCCGAGUCCAGUCCUCGUCCAAGUCCCCAGGCCGGGACAAUCAAGGUCCAGCCUCACCCAUCAGAGCAACGCCUACUCUUCCGCGAUCAAUACCUGGCUGGGAGAGAGUGAGACAGAUGCGCCAUGGCAUAACGUUGACUUCAUUGUUGUCUCGUCUACUUCACAAGACGUAUCCCACACCAACUCUACAAGCUUGCCCUCAGACAAUGCUGCCACUCAGGGUAGUGUCAGACAUGAUGACUCUGUCACCGUGAUGUCUAUGACCCAUAUUCAAGACAUGAGCCCGUCCAACGUCCAAACAUGUGACCAAUCCAAGCCGGUGCCAGCCUCCAACCGACAAGAGCCCACAAACACGAAGCAGGAUCCCCGGAACGAUUAG